GAUCUUCCAUUGUUGCAUGCACUUGAAGUUCCAAAACUUUCUUCAACAAGAAAAGAAAAUGGAGAAAAAGAAGCCCUAUCUUGCAGUAAUUCUCGUACAAUGCAUUUACGCAGGCAUGUUCUUGGUGUCCAAGGCUGCAUUCGAUGGCGGUAUGAACAAUUUCAUCUUCGUUUUCUACAGGCAAGCUGCUGCUACCGUUUUACUGAUCCCUCUCGCCUUGUUAUUCGAGUGGAGAACUGCGCCACCUCUAUCAUUAGGGACUUUCUGCAAGAUUUUUAUGCUAUCAUUAAUCGGGAUAACUUUGAGCUUGGAUAUCAAUGGAGUCGCCCUGGUUUAUACAUCUGCAACUUUAGCUGCGGCAACAACGAAUUGCCUGCCCGUUAUCACUUUUUUCAUUGCUGUGUUACUAAGAAUGGAGGCAUUGAGACUGAAAACGAUUGCUGGGCUUGCAAAGCUUGUAGGUAUACUAAUAUGUUUGGCUGGUGCAUUGACCCUUGCCUUCUACAAGGGUCCCCAUUUCAAACUCUUUUGCCUCCAUCACCUGUUCGGUCACCACCAUAGCCCGACACUUCCAAGCCCAACAUCCUCCGUUGGCGAGGCAUGGAUAAAGGGCUGUCUCCUCAUGUUGCUUUCCAACACUUGUUGGGGCUUAUGGCUCGUUCUACAGGGUCUGGUUUUGAAGAACUACCAUUCGAAACUUCUCUUCACAGCUCUUCAAUGCCUUUUGAGCACAUUCCAAUCAUUUGCUAUUGCUAUUGGCUUGGAACGAGACCCUUACCAAUGGAGACUGGGGUGGAAUCUUAGACUCCUUGCAGUAGCCUAUUGUGGGAUAGUGGUGACAGGCGUGACAUAUUACCUACAAGCAUGGGUUAUUGAGGCGAAGGGGCCAGUGUUCUUGGCCAUGUCCACACCAUUGAAUCUCAUAUUCACAAUCUUCUGUUCUGCAGUUCUCUUAUGUCAGUUCAUAACUGCAGGAAGUCUUUUAGGUGGGGUUUUACUCAUCGCAGGGCUAUAUAGUGUGUUGUGGGGGAAAACAAAAGAGCAAAGAAUGAUGGAUGAUGAAAAUUGUUUACCAGCACAUCAUGUGGACAAAGGCUGCACAGAGUUGAAAGUGGUGGGCGCCUCAUGAAUUGCAUCACAUUGU